AUGGAUGCUGUGAGGGAGUACCCAACCAUGGGUGCUGUGAGGGAGUACCCAACCAUGGAUGCUGUGAGGGAGUACCCAAACAUGGAUGCUGUGAGGGAGUACCCAACCAUGGGUGCUGUGAGGGAGUACCCAACCAUGGAUGCUGUGAGGCAGUACCCAACCAUGGGUGCUGUGAGGCAGUACCCAACCAUGGGUGCUGUGAGGCAGUACCCAACCAUGGGUGCUGUGAGGCAGUACCCAACCAUGGGUGCUGUGAGGCAGUACCCAACCAUGGAUGCUGUGAGGCAGUACCCAACCAUGGAUGCUGUGAGGCAGUACCCAACCAUGGGUGCUGUGAGUGAGUACCCAACCAUGGAUGCUGUGAGGCAGUACCCAACCAUGGAUGCUGUGAGUGAGUACCCAAACAUGGAUGCUGUGAGUGAGUACCCAACCAUGGAUGCUAUGAGUAAGUACCCAACCAUGGAUGCUAUGAGUGAGUACCCAACCAUGGGUGCUAUGAGUGAGUACCCAACCAUGGAUGCUAUGAGUGAGUACCCAACCAUGGAUGCUAUGAGGGAGGAGCCAAGGUCUCGGACGAAAGCGUUACAGGUAAUCGGUAAUGAACGCUUGCUCACCCACUAA